UAUUUAGACACCAUAUUAAUACUAAUUUUGAAAAAAAUGAACUUUCUGAAAGCAUUCUGCCCCAUUUGCCUGUUUGUAAGUCAACAAAUAGUCAAUGUACAAGCCACUCAAAUCUGCGUGACUCUGCCAGAUUCUGAUGACGACGUCCAAUUGGUGGAUUAUGACCGAAUAAACGAAGGGAUUGAGGAUAGAUUUGCUAUAGUAAUGGACAAAUGGAAAGCAGAAAUGACAGAAAAAUUCGGCAAUCUUGGGGAUGCCAUAGCGGCAGAAGCUGAUGAAAACUUUGAAGAACUUGAAAAUACUUUGGUUGAAUCAAUUACAAACAAUAAAACAGCUUCUUGCGAAGUCAAACCAAUAAACAGGGAUGAUCUACCGCCCGAACUUUGCGAAGUUCGUAUGGAAGGUGCAUGUUUCUACUCCAAGAUAAACACAGUGUCCAAUGUUAGCUAUGAACAAGCGAAGGCGAUCUGCUCGGAGAAUGAAGCAAAGUUGGCGAUUAUUCCAAACCAGGAAAUUUACGACGACAUCGUAGCAAAUGUUAGAGAAAAAAUAGAAGGAAGAUCGUACACGAACUUGUGGCUUGGGAUCAAAAUUAAUGUGAUGAGUGGUGACGUUAUCUACCCUAAUCCAGAAACCUUCACAAAGUGGAGCAGAAACUUCCCAUCUAUAGGACUGGAUUAUAAGAAACACCAACAUGUUUAUCUCUUUGCGUCUUCGAACCCAGGGAUGAGGAAUUCUUAUCCCACUUUCAAUCACUUUGGUGUUGUCUGUCAGAUAUAAAAUCCAUCGCUGGAAUCACUAUGAGGCACUGCAUUUGAUGAAAAAGAUUUUGCCGCAAAUUGGAUUCCGACAAUCGAUUUAAGUGAGGCAAACAGAAGUUAAUAAAUUAAAAAAUAGGCAUUCCAUUCCGCUAUAAAUUAAUGUUAGAUUGGUCAAUUAACCGCCGUCUUGACAGAUACAUAAAUAAAUGUCAGCAACAGUUAAAUUUUUUUUCGAACAGUUUAAUAAUUGUGUUGUCGGCCAACAACUAGCGGCCGCUUAUUAUUGUUUUGUGAUGAGUAAAAUACUUGAAUUAUUAGCUACGCAUUUUGAUCUCUUAUUAUGUUAUAACUGCAAAGAUAUUUCCUAUUAUUACCCAUGCCAAUAUAGUGUGUUUAAAUGCAA